GAUAAAUGUUCGUUUUGUUGAGCUUCCUCGUCUCGCCCAAGUCCUCACAAAAUGGAAGACGAUCAGGAGCAAAAUAAUUUUAUCUCUGGAGUCAUCAUCGUUUCACCUGGUGCAUCAAGCUUGCACUCGUAACUACUAUAAAAACCUGUAAAUUUGAUUGUCAGGAUUUAGCACGAUGACACGACUUCGAAAUGUUCUACAGAGCAGAGCUGACCGGUUCAGGAAAAAACAAGAGAAGAAUGCGUUGCAUCAGAAGGAAGAAAAUCGAUUGAUUGGUUCUAAAUACUACGAUGACGAAACACAGCUCACCGGAGAGUGCAUCAGACCACAGGUGGAACCAGAUGGAGUGGAGCCAGAUGGAGUCAGCGAAGGUGACAUGUACUUACUACAGGCCAAAGGCACUCGUGGAACUAUGGCCGAAACAUUUUCUUCCAGCGAGGAGGAAAAUAGAGCUUUUUCGGAGUACAAUGAAAAUGAAAGGUUCUCCAGAAACCAAAAAAUUACGAUGUACUCCGAACAAGAUCAAUACUAUCCUGAAAACAAUAGGCAAUAUGACAAUCCUGCAUACGAAGAGGUCGAGAAUGAAUACGAGACUUCGAAUGGCGUCGAAGUUGUCAACCUAGCACGAGGAUCGGCAAGAAGUGGACGCGCUGGUGUCGACGAAGUAGAAAAUAGUGAACAACCCAAAACUAUUGAAUUUGUUGAUAGUGAGGAUGGUAAGGUAUUUGAGAUCCCACAGCAAGAAGCUGGGUGUAAUGAUGGCCUGUUACAGAAUGUCAGAAGCUUGGACGAUACGUACAACGACGAAUGCUCAAAAACACUAAAUACAAACGACGAAACGCUACAGGAUCCUUAUACAUCAAACAUGGAAGGGAUUGAUCACAUGAAUUCGUCUGAUCGGUUUGGCAGCUUGCAAGUACAGGUCGAAGACGAUGAACGAUAUGAAGAAUACGAUCAAGGAGAUAGUGCCCCUGAGAAUAUUGGCUACGAACAAGAACACUACGCUCACCACGACAAUACCGAGCUCUAUGACUGUGACGACGGGCAAAUGUACGAUCCUGCUCAAGUAGACAGUAACGUAGGUCAGCCGUACCAGUUGGAACGAGAUGGAACCUUCUUCGAACAGAUGCGCUCGGUACAAUCCCGCGGCCAUUUGGAAAUGGAACCAGAAAACUGGGAGUCGACGGCGCACGAUAUUCCUUUGAACAAUCCUACUAGCGCAUAUCUCAAUAGACCAAACGAUGUUCCAGCUUCGCCGCAGCUCGAAGAUCCGUACUUCUCCGAUGGCAAUUCUUCGUGGGAGGAGGGUAGUUUUGCUACUGGUGCGUCCCGAACACUGAGUCGAGUUGAUACUGCCUGUGAUGACGACGACGACGAUGUCCGCAAUGAUGACGAUGCGCGUACGUUCGAUGGAACAUUUGAUGGAACGGAGUACUAUUCCGACGACGAUUCAUAUGCAGAGAAACAAGUUGAUCGACCAUUCGUUCGUAUCUUGAAGAAAUUUAGGGACAUGAAUGUAGUUGAUGAACAAUCAGACUAUGAAAGUGGAGACGAAGGAGACGAAGAAGAUUACGAGGACAGCAAAAAGAGAAGCAGACGACGCAAGCCUAAGUCUGCUUUUGAUCGACUCGGUGCAAUAGGGAUGAACAUCUUAAAUGAAACCAUCGACUAUGCUGAAAGACAAGACAGAGCUCCCAAACUUGAAGGCGGUACGAUAAUCAAUUCAUUCGCUGACCUUUUCUCUUGCGGUGCACCUUCUGGAUAUUAGUAUCAGUCUUGUUGAGAAUUCCGUUCAAUGUUCGAGGGAAAGUCCCCUCCUUGCUGCCUGUGAUAUGCCUUAAAUGAUUUUAAUUCAUUAUUAUUUAUUUAGUAACGAAUAAUUUUACAAAAAGUAC